AAAACCCGAGCAGGAGGAGAGCAGCAGAAGGGGGGAGGAGGCGGACUCCUUCUUCUUCUUCCAAUACAGCGGCGCGGCGGCAGGAUAUUUAGAAAAAUAAAUCAAAAAAAAAAAAAAGAAAUCCACGCAACAACACUCCCCCACCUCCCCCCCCCCCCCGGGGCGGAGCGGCAGAGGAAAAAAAACACACACUCGGAUGUGCCUCCGAAAGCGCAGCGGAUACCGCCCUCCGGACCUUAUUAAUGCCAAGAUUUACACGGGUCCCAUCCCGGCCGAGCGAGGGGGCGAGCUGGCCAUGGGGGGAGGUCGCAGCGAGACCUCGGCACUGAGCGGGACGGGAGGGGGGCGGGGCAUGACCACUACCCACAAUUCCCAACGGCCCAACGCCUGCUGCUUCUGCUGGUGCUGCUGUUGCAGCUGCUCAUGUCUCACCGUCAGGAAUGAAGAGGAGCGACGGCGGCGGAGGAGGAGGAGGAGAAUAUCACAGGACACCAAGAUGGAAACCAUACCAAACUGUGAAGCUUGCACCAAACCCUCGGUGGAAGAGAUCCGGCUGUGGUCGCAGUCUUUCGACAAGCUGAUGAAGAACCCGGCGGGGCGGAACGUCUUCCGGGAGUUCCUGCGGACGGAGUACAGCGAGGAGAACAUGCUGUUCUGGCUGGCCUGCGAAGACCUCAAACAGGAAAUCAACAAGAGCGCCGUGGAGGAGAAGGCGCGCUCCAUCUACGAGGACUACAUCUCUAUACUGUCGCCAAAGGAGGUGAGUCUGGACGCCCGGGUUCGAGAGGUGAUCAACAAGAAGAUCCAGGACCCGACGCCUCACGUGUUUGAAGACGCCCAGCUACAGAUCUACACGCUGAUGCACCGGGACUCGUACCCGCGAUUCCUCUCCUCCAGCAUCUACAGGUCGCUCAUUCACGGUGGCUCACGUACCUCCUCCGAAUCCUAAGUCCCCACGCCAUCUUCUGGUCCUGCACUUCCAGGAUCCAUGCCGGACCAUUUUCCAUCGCUUCUUUAACCACGCUCCUCCCAGUUACAACACUCUCCACAAAACGAUCGGACGAUUCCUCGCCUCCUCACCUCACUCCUCCGAAUCCCACAUCUCUCAGAUCACUGCCACGACUUCCUUCUCAUUUCUUGUUUUCCCUUUUUAACUUUUAAUACU